AAACCUGUGUUGAAUUUGUCAUUGGAAACCAAAUAUCGUCAAGUUUGUUGUCUUCUUUUUUCUUUAACAUAUAAAAUCAUAGUUGCUUAAGAAGCAAUUUCCUUUAGUAAAUAAAUCAUUCUACCUGAAAAUUUUACAAAAAGGAAACAAAACGAAACAGAACUAAAAGAAAAGUCAAACUCAAAAUUAAAAACAGUGAAAUCAAAAUGGCCGCUGUAAUUGAUUAUUGUUAGCGGUUCGACGCCAUGUAUAUUUCGAUUUCACUUUGAAUGCUUAAAAACUUUAUUUUUUGUCGUGGUUAUGAUAGUAUAGUGCAAUAAUGAUGGAGUUUGACGAGAUAGUGGUGAAAGAAACGCCCGGCCUUUGCCGGUGUUGUCUCUCCGAAGGUUGUUACAAAGACUUGGGGUCUGAAUAUUCAUGGAUGAAUGAGACGGAAGUCUACGCUGAUAUGUUGCUAGAAUGCUUUGAUAUAAGUAUAACGCAACACAACGAAGGUCCGAACGGUCCAAACCGUUUAAUAUGUGAAGUUUGCAUCACUCGGCUACGCGAUGCCUGCAACUUUAAGAAGCAAGUCUUGGACUCGGAGAAGAAAUUCAUUGACAUGAUGGGACGGGGAGAGUUCAGGCCGAAGAUGCUAAUCUAUCAGACACAGAUGAAGGCUGAGGAUGCAGUCGAGGCGGUUGCCGAUGAUGCUGAAGUGGAAUAUCUCGAAGACGAUAUCGAUUUCGGCGAAGAAGACCUAAUCAAAGAUGAGACGGAGCCGUCAGUCUCCGACAUAACUGUCUCCACUCUACCGGUAAAGGGUAAACGCGGGCGGCCCCGCAAGAACGCGCUAGUCAAGCCAGAGAAGCGAUUGAAGACCAAAGUCGAUGAUAAGAAGAAAGUCGUGGCUAAAGGUUUGGAAAGUGAGCCGACAAAGAACAGUGCUAAUUAUCUAAGGAGGCGGAAUCUGCAAAUAUUAUUCAACAAUACCACUUUAAUACCCUUUAAGUGGCGCGGGAAAUACAUGUGCUUUUUCUGCGGUGACGAUUUUGACACUUACGAAGUAUUGAAAAAGCAUACCAAGAGCCAUGGCCUCUGUAGUCACAAAGAUAGGGCUUUAAAACUCGUUAAGGCAUCAGACAGUGAAAUUAAAAUCGACGUCUCAGAUGUAACUUGCGAGAUUUGCUCAAAAACUUUCUCCGAUCUAGAUAAAAUUGUCGAUCAUUUGAUCUUAGAACAUAGUCUUCCGUAUAACAGAAACGUAGAGCUAAUGAUGUCUGCAUAUAGGCUAAUUGAUCUCCAAUGCCUGCUCUGCGAUACGAAAUUUAAUUAUUUACGUAAAUUAAUCUCUCAUAUGAAUAAUUUUCAUCCGAAUAACUGCUUUAUGUGUCAAGAUUGUGAUCAGAAAUUUAACAAAAAGAGAGACUUAGAUUCACACGUUCGUUUCCAUCAUAGAAAAGAGUAUGCUUGUAUGAAAUGCCAACAAACAUUCCCGUCAAAUUCUGCGUUACACACCCAUAGAACAAACGCCCAUUCAUCCACUUGUAAUAUCUGCUUCAAAACAUUUUCGUCUGAUAGCAAAAGACUGGUUCACAUGAAAAGGGAUCACGACGAUCAAACCGAAUGCGGGUUCUGUCAAAGAGUUUUAACAACCAAACAAGCGUUCUUAAGACAUGCAGCCAUAUGCACGGAGAAUACUAAAAAGGACGUAAUAGUUAUAGAUGACGAAGAAAAAAAGCAAUCCGUUAAAGAAUUAAGGAGCAGUAUAGCGUGUAUCUUUAAUAUGUCUACAGCAUUACCUUUCAAAUUCUUCAUGAACCGCUUCAGAUGUUUUUAUUGCCCAAAAGAUUUUACGACCAGCGAUGAUUUGAAACAGCAUACUCUAUCAGAGCACCCCUUAUGUGAUAUCUCAUUUAAAUCCAUGAAGUUGAGAAAUAGAUACGAUGGUGUCCAAAUCAAAAUUGAUAUCUCGAAUCUUUCUUGCAAGCUGUGUCUUGAGGAAUUAACAGAUUUAGAUGAUCUAAUUCGCCAUCUAACCUCAGAGCACAAAGUUAACUGCGACAAAUCUCUUGAGAGUAAUAUCCAAUGUUUCAAAUUAAUUAAAGACAAUUUCCCUUGUCCCAUAUGUGGUGAGAUAUUUCGAUAUUUCGGACUUCUUCUAAAUCAUAUCAGCCGAGCUCAUACGGAUAAUAAAUACAUAUGCAUGUAUUGUGGAAAAUCUUUCCGUACUGACCCGAACUUGAGGGCUCACGUCUCCCGAAGGCAUACGAACUUAGGUAACUAUAAAUGUUCGGACUGUGAUCUCGUAUUCCCGACGAAUAAUGCUUUGAAAAUCCAUUUGGGAGCUGUCCACGGGAGCAAAAUCAUCCAAUGUAGUGAGUGCUUAGAUAAAUUCACCUCACAAUAUUGGAUGCAAAGGCACAUGAUUACCAUUCAUGGUACCGGCCACAAGUGCUCUUAUUGCGGCAAACUUUUCAUUAAAAACUCUUUUAUGGUGAACCAUGUUAGAAGAUGUCAUUUGAAAGAGAAAAAUGUUGAGUGUUCGGUCUGUUUCGAGAGAUUUUUCGAUGGGCAAAGAUUGAAAAUGCACAUGGUUAAACAUAUAGGUGAAAGGAAUUUCCAUUGUGAUGUUUGCGGUAAGAAGUUCCUGUGGAAACGGAAUCUUAGAGGGCAUAUGUCUUCUCAUAUAAGGAAUUCUAAUGCUCAAGUUACAUAGUAUUUUGUGGUAUUUCUAUUUUGAUAAGAUUAGUGCCAUGACAUGUUUGGUAGUUCCGUCCGAUGUCUGAAUGCGGUUUCAGAUUUUUCCAAAUUGAAAUAAUGGGGUCGUAGCCUUUUUUUCAAUGUCCGUCAUUUGUUUCGGCUGGGUCAUUAAAAGGGGAAAGUCAUUCCCGUAAAAUCUAAGGUUUUCUAUUAAUGAUCUCGUCUCGUCAAGGUCUCGUCAAUAAGUCAAAUAAAGCAGUCUAAGCAAGACGCUUAAGACAGAGGCUACGUCAAUUACUAAAUAAACAAAAAAUAGAAUCUAUGAUCUAUGAUAAUAAAUCUAUGAAUUUCUACGGUGAAAGACGACAAAGUCCUAUAGCUAAGGAAUAGUGAAAUAAUGACUGAAAAAGAAACUACCUAGCAAAUGUUAAAAAGUAUUAGUUUCAAUAAAAAAGGCAAUAAACCUCCUUUUGUAAAUAAUUAUUUUAAGCGUGUAUUAAAUAAGUUCCAAGUAUGGUGUGAAGUAUUAAGAAAUUGAUCUCAAUUGUAGUUUUUUUUACAUUAUUUAAUGAGGUUUCAAUACUUUGGUGAUAUAAAAAAUUGUUCAUGAACCCCAAUAAAGUUAAAUCAGUGUUAUUUCCUAUUUUUACUCGUCAUUUAUUGUAAAAUGAUAAAUCAAUAUUGAUAAAACUUUUACUUAAAAGCCAUAAUUAUUAAUGAUCUUUUGUGUAAGUAAGAUAUGUAUAUUGUUAUAGUUUAUAUUUUAGUGUAAUCGUUGUACAUAUUAAUAUAUUAAUAAUUUAAUAUUCGGAGAUUUUAUUUUUCAAAAUACCCUACCACAUACACCAUAUUCGUUGCUCUUUAAAUAUUUUAAUCAUCUAUCCGAAUAUAACACAGUAUUUUAGCUUUAAACUAGCAAUUUUCAACUGAAAAAAUCGAAUGCAGAUUUCCUCUUGCCCGAAAUAAAUACAACAAUAGUAUAUAUAAGUAUUUACUUAUUAAAAGCAUAGUUACUUAUAAGGCUAAAAACUGCGAUAAAUUUAUAAGAAGUCCUACCAUAACUUCCAAUAACAAAAUUGCUAAAAAGAUGCGUUUUUAAAUAUACCAGUAAAAAAUGAACUACCUUAUUGGAUUAAGUAUGACACCUGGAAAUAAUUAUGAAGAAUAAUCUAGACUAGAACUCAUUUUAAUUUACAUUCGAGUGGGAACCACAAGUCUUGAUAAAGAUUCUCCACAAACUAACAAAUCUUCCAAACGCAAUAGAAGACGAAAAAUAACAGCAAACUAUAGAGAAGAACAAUUUCU